AUGUCGUUCAAAGCCUCUGGGCCCAAUACACGCCCGGACAGAGUCAAAGAAGCUCCCCGACCACCGUCUCCUAUCACAUCCGCCAGCACCCAUCCUGUUCCACCAACCUGGAAAUCACAAUCUCACUUCCACUCCCGCCGAUCCUCAGCCUCUUCUAUAGCCUCUUUCCACUCGGCUCGUUUCCCACACGAUGAAGAGUCUCGAAUGGUCUCGGCGUCUCACACUAUCAAGGCUGAGGCGAAUGCACAAUUCGCGGGACAGGACUACUCGCAAGCCAUUUCAACAUAUGACAGGGCACUGGCCGAGUUACCGAGCUACCUCGACUAUGAGAUGGCAGUCCUGCAAAGUAAUAUUGCUGCAUGCCACCUGAAGCUGGAACAAUGGAAGGAUGCUGUGCAAAGCUGUGAGAAGGGCCUUGAUGGACUGGAGCGGGAGAUGCCCACAAAGCCCAAAGCCAAAAAGAAGGACAAGAACGGCAAGAUGAAACAAAAGAAAUACUCGAAGACAACCUUGAACUCUGACACCGAGUCCGAGAGUGAAGUUCCCAAAGAACAAGACGACACGAUUGUUGAACUCGACUCCGAUCAAGAUGAAGCCACUGCCUUGGCAUCAUUGAACUUGUCUGAUGCAAGAAAAGAAGACAUUCAUCGCAUCCGCACGAAACUACUCCUCCGUCGUGCAAGGGCUCGAUCAUCCAUACCUUCCCAGUCGGGUUCCAGCGCCUGGGCCAACCUUUCCGGCGCCCUGGAAGAUUACAAACUUCUUUCUACAACCUCAUAUUUCAGCACUCUCCCUUCUUCCGACCAGAACACCGUUCGUCUCGCUCUGGUCAGUCUCCCUCCACAAGUUGACAAGGCCAAAGAGAAGGAAAUGGGUGAAAUGAUGGGGAAGCUCAAAGAGCUGGGGAAUGGAAUACUAAAGCCUUUUGGCCUCUCCACAAACAAUUUCAAAAUGGUUCAAGGUGAAGGGGGUGGAUAUAGUCUCAGUUUCGAUAGUGGAGGGGGUAGUGAACAGAAGAAAUGA